CCACUAGGGGCAGGAACCGGUAGUAAAAAUAGAGCUGGAGGUUAUAGCACAUCUUCUCAACAAGUACUAGGGCGAGAGCAGCAACAAGUACUAGUAGGGCGAAAAGAACAUGAUGGGGACCGACCUCCUCCUACUCCUCCUCCUCCUCCUCCUGCAUGGGCUAUGCUACAUCCUGGCGAUUCUCUCACUAUAAUGGACUUCAGCAGCGGAGUGCCUAGUAUGAUGUUCACGGGAACGCUUGUUCUGUCACAUGUCUCUAGUGGCCAUGCAGUCGUCGGUUGCUACACCUCCAAGCUAAGCACUGCAAACAGCGAAAUCCUACAGAAACCGGCUAGUAAAACAGCUGUAGACAAUCGCUCCGCUGCGGCUGUGGCUUGGUCCACUAGUUUCAAGAAAAAGAAGCGCAUUGCGAUGUUAUGAUCAAAAAUUCUCUUAGUAGUCCUGCUGGAGUAUGUUUUUGACCGAUGCAAGACUGAACCAACUAAAAACCCUCGCGACUUCUGAAGAAACUACUGAUUCGCAGAACUGUUCUUCAUGCGCACCAUUUUUGAAUUAUAGCUAGGCGCUUGUAAUUGUUACUACAUGAGAAGUAAUGCAGCUAAAGCACUAAUUUCCAGCGACGGUCAGGAGGGAUUUGUCAUCUUCUUUUCGAUACCAUUCGAUCGCUUCGUCCCAUGCCGUAUACCCUCAGACACGGAUCCGGUGAAGUCCGGAUGUCUGUCCAAGUUAUGGCUUCUUACUGGUAGAAUCUCUAACAUCUGGAACAUCUUUCUAAGUAGCUGGAUAGUACUUCUAGCAGAUUGUCUACUCCACAUGAAGACUCCUCAUGCAAUCAGGUAAUCAGAAUAAUGAGAUGAAUUUUUUUUUGAAAUAUCAAACCAGAACCAGCACAGCGAAGUGGUUGCUUACAAAAACAACAAAAGAGGCGUGCAGUAUCACUCUAAUCUGAGCCAUGUUCGAUAGAGUGGUCACCGAUAAGACAGCCAAGAUGAUCGAGAGUCUUUGCAGGGAUGAACCGUUUCCAACGAAGAGAAGACGAGUUUCGGUUUCUGGAACGAAGUCAAGUAAGUCUCCUGUUUCGGAGACGAAAUAGGACUCUGAUGAUCUUUCUUACAGUUGAAGAAAUUUUGCUCAUCGUGGGCAAACUAACCCAUAUUUAUUACAAUACACGACAUGUGUGUAUGGCGCAGUUUUGUGCGCUUACUCACUCUUCUAAAAAGAUCACAUUCUUUCACAACAUACAAAAUACCAGUAUCACCAUGAAUUGGUGUGUAAGACUUCAGUUUUUUCACGUUCAUUUUCGGAAUCAAAUUUAACCAUAACAAUUCCCACUCGACAUGAAGUUGACGUCCAUAUUUUGAUGAUCGCCCCCUCGCUUCCUUCAUGGAUUUUUUCUGGGCAAACUUUUCAACAUUUUUCCAUAUGACUGCGUGUCUGG